UAAUAACACGCGCUGCUGUAUUCAGACAUUGUAUUGUCGUAAAGCUUCAGAAUCGACUCGGGUCUGCCAGCUAUCGUUAGUACAGGAGGCGACGCCUGGCUGAGCUUUGCGCUCCGGCGACAACAAAAGCGCAAUCAUGACUAGGGGAAAUCAGCGUGAGCUUGCCCGUCAGAAGAAUGCGAAGAAGAACAAUGACCAUACCAAAGGGAAGAGAAAUGAGGAUGGCCUCUCAGCAGCUGCCCGCAAGCAAAGAGAUGCUGAAAUCAUGCAGCAGAAGCAAAAAAAGGCAAAUGAGAAGGUGGAACCUAAAGGCAAUUAACCAGUGGCUGGUGCUGUGACCGACAUUGCAUCCUGAUUUUGUUUUUUUUUGUCGAGAGAGUAUCUGUCAUUGUGUAGAUCUGGAGACUUUGAUUCUUUAAUGUUUCAUCCCAAACUCCAUUAUGUUCUUGAAAGGGCAUAUCAACUAUACAGUACAUAAUGAUUUGUGUUCAGCCGUUGAGGAGAGAGUUUCUUAUGUUCAAAUAAUCAGAGCAAGCCCAAAUAAUGGGAGUCUCAGAAAUGUCUGGACUUGCAUUGUAAUCUUGUAUUUUUGUAUCAAGUGCCCUUCUUAAUAAAAUGUACAUUUUAAUUCA